AUGCGAGCAGUAUUGGUUGAUAAUAACCGUCAAGGUGCAGAAAAGCUUUAUGUUGGCGAGGCCCCGACUCCCAAGCUAGAUAGUGGAGAGGUAUUGGUCAAGAUCAAAGCAUUUGGUCUCAACAGAAUGGAUAUUCUUCAGAGAGAAGGACAAUAUCCUGUUCCGCCUGGUGCAAGUCAGAUCUUGGGGGUCGAGUUCUCUGGAAUCGUCGAAGAGUUAGGGCCCGAUACAGGAAAGUGGAAAGUUGGUGAUGAAGUUCUUGGUUUAGCCACAGGAGUGAGUGGAUUCAAACAAUUGAUAUUACCAUCUAAACUUCUGGGCUGA